AUGAGUGUUUCCCCUUCGAGGCGGGCCAACAAGGGCCAAGGGUCAAGGGGGUCUUUGAGGAAGGACGACCCCCAAAUCGCUCCCUCACCCCCCCUAGACAAUGGGAUGGGCGACCACUCAUCAGACUCCAUCUGGAUAGGAUCAUCAGAGCGAGCGCCGGUCCGGGCACAGCCCACGCACCUCUCUGCCCGCGCAAGCCUCUGUCGAAUCCAGGGUGCACUUGCAGAUUGCCCAGCGGUAGCCUCCUUGGUGUGUGCCGGUGCCGUUCUUUGCGUGUCCUUUUUUGGCUCCAGCAACCCGAGACCUCUUCAACACAAGAGGCGAGCUUCUGCUGCACCUGCUGCUUCCAAUUACAUCCUCCAUGAUGGUAACCGUCUGAGAGUCCCUGGUCGUUUCGCUCCGCGUCCAGCUAUCGCCGCCUCCGUUUCCGUCCCGUCGUCUCCGCUCUUGACCGCCAGUCACGGACCUGCUCCGGCGUACUUCGGCGCUCCAGAAUUGUACCACCAUAAGGGUGAACAGCAACAGUCUACAAUGGCCACGAUGGCUACAACAGAGCCCGCGCGCUCAAGUCCGCGCAUCGCCCGGGUGCCAUACGCCUUGCAGACGGCUCCUUUAGAUUCGAAGCUCAUUUGCGAAUCACUACCUACCACGGCUCUCAACAGGCCAAGGAAGCUCUCUCAGGCAUCAACCAUCACCGUUACGAGUAUCAACAGCCCGAGAGAAAGCUUUGAGACACGAUCCAGAAGCUCUUCAUACGGCAGCCACAGGACAAGCAUCGAUUCGAGCCCCACUAUGUGGAGGCCCGACUACAUGUACUCGAGGCCCAGUCAGACGACUGUCUUUAGAAAAAAGGCGAAGCCUGGGGAAAUCUUUGCGAAGCUGCCCGGAGAGGUUUUGGAGCUGAUCCUGGGCGAGCUCAAAAAGCUGCAUCUCGAAAAGCCUACGGAAAGCUGCGCGACAUGUUGGAUGAGGGAUGUCUGCUCGGUUACUCUCACGGCGAGGAAAUGGUGCAAGUUUGCGCGAGUGGCAUUGUAUGAAGAUAUUCAACUCGUAGGAGCCGAUUUAGCAUCUCAAAAGAAGCGGCAUAAAGUCACGUUCGGCUCGCGCAUGAUGCUCCUUAGACGGACACUGAGAGCGAACUCGUAUCUCGCCGGACUCGUUCACACUCUCAAGGUUCCAAGCCCCCCUACCGGGGUCUUGCUGGAGGACUAUCACGAUCAGGUUGCCGCGCUGAUCAUGGCAUGUCCUAAUUUUGAGCGCCUCAUCGGCCUUCACCCCCAUUAUAACCACUCGUACAGCAAGCUCUUGCAUGCGCUCUCGUCGCGCAAGCGCCUCAAGCACAUGGAUUGGAUCGUCGAGCCCUCACCCUUUCAGCGACAACACCGAUUCAAGUCGAGCUCGGGUAGUAAUGUCGCCGCGAUGACCCAGGCAACCUACGAUGCUUCCGUCACACCCGGUGACCUGCAACCACACCAGAGUGCAGCAUUUCUCGAUUUCCACGUCGACUGGGCCCACCUCACGACUUUGUCGAUUCACUGCCUCCCUGGCGCUACCCUUACUCCGGAUAACCUCAUCAGCUCAGCACUGAUGCACCUAACGUCUCUGCAGCACCUUUACCUAUCAUGGAUGCCGGUAACCGCCUUUAAUGACAGCACCCUGCUCUCACUCCCUCCCUUGCGUACACUUUCACUCACCCACGUACCGGGUGUCACUAGCAGCGGCAUUUCUGCUUUGGCUACCCUCCCAACGAGCCAGGCGAUCCAGAAACUGACUCUACGCCACACGAACCUCGAUUCCCUGCCCGCCUUGGCCCGCAUCUUUUCCAACUUUACUCACCUCGAGUCUUUUACCCUCGUCCAGACCUUGGCGCCCAUGCUCCCGGAGGACACAUUCAUUUGGCUCAUGCCAUACCUUGCCUCCUCGUCCCUCCGUAAGCUUCACUGGGACAUCACGAGCAACACGACCCAAGCCAAUGCCGCCGACUCCAUCCUUGCCCGCAGCAUCGCCGCCGACGGGUUCCCCUCCCUACGCAGUCUCCGCAGCCCCAACGAUCCCGAAGGCAUCUUUCAAGCCCUCUGCCGGCCGCAGGAGAGGACAGACAGCGCCAGCGAUCGGUUCCGCGGUCCCAACGGACCCGCCCGGAGCUCCUCAUUCCCCACCCCCAGCACGACCCACAGCCCCGUCUCGCCGACGAAGCCGUCCCGCUCGCCUACAGCCCCCGCGUCCCCCGUCAUGAGCGACGCCCCUCGCGAAUGCACCAACCUCCACGUAGCCCGGCUCGCGGCGCAGGCUCGUCUCGAAGCCGCGCGUGCAGCGCUGCCGAGGUUCUUCUUGAACGUCAUCGACGAGGACGGCACGGUGCUGGAGAAGUAUGGACUGGCGGCCUUCAUCGGCACGGUAGAGAGCCGCAUCACGUAUAACCUGCGUCCUGACCCGGGCGCCAAGGACGAGCGCGGCGGGCUGGUCGAGAUUGCGGAUCUGACAGCUGACAACGGCGAGGAGAUCGCCGUUGGGCGAGAAGGCUGCCAGGGACGGUGGAACGCGUCUUCGACCGUCUCAGACAAGAAGGAUCGGGAGAGGUGGUGGCACACAGAGAGAGGCCGCUGGCAACAACCGGAGCUCGCGUGA